AUGGAAAACCUCAUCGACACGGAGUACACACCUAUUGAGGGCGUUCACAUUCUCAGUGACUCCAGCUACAGGAAGCACGUUCGAAAGUUGCCCGUGCUCACAUGUGAGACCUGCAAAAAGCGAAAUGGGGAGAAAGGGAUUGAAGUUAAAAGAUGCCAAGGGUGCUGGUCCGUCGGAUUCUGCUCGAAGGAGUGCCAACGAUCCCUUUGGUACGCUUCUCUUCUCUCCGACUAUACCUUAUUCAUUCAAUCCAGGCCCAUACACAAAGAAAAUUGUCGAACCUUGCAGUCGGUGCUUGACCUGGAGGAACUCGCUCGGCACUUUUAUUCUGAACCGUUCCUUCUCCACUAUCUGAGGGUUGCACUCAUACUGAAACUCGGCCUCUUAUCACCUUCAUACUUGCCUCCUGCAGAUCGUUUCCCAUCCAUCAUCGUCCAUUUACACAUGCACCCGACCUCCCAGGAACACGAAAUGGGCAUCUAUUCAGGCAAAAUCGACGCGAUGGGCAAGGAAAAAAUCCCUGGAUAUCUCACCGUAGGAAUCAGCAACGAGCCUGUAAGUUAUAUACCUCUCACCGGCUUUUCGAGUAUCCGCGAUCAGGAACACGCCAUGAUGGUUCGGUCCUUCAAAGAGGCCAGAAAGGAGGCAGACGCCCACGGCCGAAGCACCAACCCAAUAGUGAUGGUGGAUUUCGGGUACAACAGGGAGCUCAUUAACGUCGGGAUUGAGAUAACUCCCGACGCUUUUGAUACUGCACGGGGAAACCCUCCUCCACACGCUGUGAUCCCUGCACCACUCCCCCCGCUAUCUUUUCCUCUUGACGUACACGCUGUGUUGGGACUGGCUGGGAAGUACAUCAAGCUCGAUCAAGACGACAAAUUAAAACUUUGCCGAGAUUUGCGUACAAUUGACAAAGUCUUUAUGUAUCGCAAAGCUCAGUAUCUCGUACAUGGAAAGGGGCCAUCGUCGUUUGAUGGAAAUUUCUAG